GCUGUGACAGCGGCCGGAAGUGAGGCGGCUUCUCCCUCCCUGCCCUCUCUUCCUCUCCGUUAGCGCAUCCCCGAUGGCCGCCGCGACAUCCCUCGAAGCAGUGAAGCGCAAGAUCAAGGUGCUGCAGCACCAGGCGGACGACGCCGAGGAGCGGGCGGAGCAGCUGCAGAAGGAUGUGGUGGCCGAGCGCAAGGCUCGGGAGCAGGCUGAGGCGGAGGUGGCCUCCUUGAACCGCCGCAUCCAACUGGUUGAAGAGGAGUUGGACCGUGCUCAGGAGCGUCUGGCCACGGCCCUGCAGAAACUGGAGGAGGCUGAGAAGGCAGCGGAUGAAAGCGAGAGAGGAAUGAAGGUGAUUGAGAACCGCGCCCUAAAGGACGAGGAGAAGAUGGAGCUGCAAGAGAUCCAGUUGAAGGAAGCCAAACACAUUGCAGAGGAGGCAGAUCGCAAGUAUGAAGAGGUUGCCCGCAAGCUGGUGAUCAUUGAGGGUGAUCUUGAGCGGACUGAGGAGCGCGCUGAGGUGACAGAGUCCAAGUGUGCAGAGCUAGAAGAGGAGCUUAAAAAUGUGACAAAUAAUCUCAAGUCACUGGAAGCCCAGGCCGAGAAGUACUCUCAAAAGGAAGACAAAUAUGAAGAAGAAAUCAAACUCCUGACUGAUAAACUGAAGGAGGCUGAGACCCGCGCUGAGUUUGCAGAACGCACCGUAGCGAAGUUAGAGAAAACCAUCGACGAUUUAGAAGAUAACUCCACUGCCACUGAUCUGCAAGAGUCUUCGCCCUGUUGCCUUUGCAGGAGGCUCCAGACUGCAGGUGGCUGCUUUGCGUCUCUCUGGCUCCCACACUUGGACUCUUUCUUCCCCCCUCCCUCCCUCUCAGCCCUGUCUGGUUCCUCGCCCCUCCUGCCCUUUGUCCACCAUCACCUACUCUUCCAUGAAUCCGUCUCUCUUCUUGUUACCUGUGCUUGUCACUUGAUUUCCAGUUUGUAGUGAAAGGUCUUUUUUUCACACUUUUGUCUGCCUUGUUGCAUGUCUAACACCACAUCCUUCCAUCACGGCCAUUUUGUUCAAUAAAGUAUUUCAGUCUGACUGACUGCACAUGGCUCUUGUGUCCAAGUUGAUGUGGAGCUUUAGAAAGAUUGAGAACAGUCUAGUUUUUCCCAUAGCUCGUUUCACCACCAGCCACUGGACCCACUUUAUACACAGUAAUUUCUCUGCCAAGCCGGGAAUACAAGCUCUUAUUUUUUUGUGUGUGUCAUCUACUGUCAUAUAAUUAAAGAGCUCUGCUAUGAAAUCCCUCUGUACAGAUUGUUUAAAAACAUAACCAAACAGAAAGUUAUUGGAAGGUAUUCUGAGGGACAGUAUAUUGGAUAGAUGUGGACUGAUUAGAGAUGGUCAGCGUGACUUUGUGUGGUGUAGGUUAUGUCUCACCAAUCUUAAGAGUUUUUUUGGGAAAGUUAAAGGCAAGGCAGUAAAUUUAGCUGGAUUUCUGGCAUUUGACAAGGUCCAGCAUGGGAGGCUGGUCAGGAAGAUUCUGUUGCUUGGUAUUCAAGAUGAAGUUGUAAAUUAUAUUAAACAGUGGCUUUGUGGGAGAAGCCAGAGAGUGGUAGUAGAUAACCGAGACCUGUGACUGGGUCCUUUGUCUAUAUCAACGACCUGGAUGAUAAUGUGGUUAACUGGAUCAGCAAGUUUGUGGAUGACACCAAGAUUGGGGGUGUAGUUGUCAGUGAGGAAGACUGUCAGAGCUUGCAGUGGGAUCUGGGAAAUAGCAGAUUGAGUUUAAAGUAGACAGCUGUGAGGAGUUGUGCUUUGUAAGGACCAACUAGGAUAGGUCUACACAGUGCGUGGUAGAGCACUGAGGAGUGCGGUAGAACAGAGGGCUCUGCGAUUACAGAUACACAGAUCCAUGAUUCCUUGAAAGUGGUGUCACAGGUAGAUAAGGUCGUAAAAAAAAAAGCUUUUGGCACGUUGGCCUUCAUAAAUCAUUGUAUGAGUACAGGAGUUGGGAUGUUCUGUGGAAAUUGUAUAAGAUGUCGGUGAGGCUAAAUUUGGAGUAUUGUGUGUAGCUUGAAAGAGUACAGAGAAAAGUUACAAGAAUAUUGCCAUGACUGGAGGGUGUGAGUUAUUUUUGAUUGAAUUGGUUAGGACUUUAUUUCUUGGAAUGUAGAAGGUUGAAGGGAGAUCUUAAGAGGUAAACAAAAUAAUGAGGGGUAUAGACAGGGUAAAUGCAAACAGGCUUUUUCCACUGAGGUUGGGUGGGACUACAACUGGAGGUCAUGGGUUAAGGGUGAAAGGUGAAAGGUUUAAGGGGAAAUUUCACUGGGAGAGUGGUGAGAGUGUGGAACAAGCUGCCAGUGCAAGUGAUGCUUGAUUUCAACGCUUAAGAAAAGUUUGGAUAUAUACAUGGAUGGUAGGGGUAUGUAGGGCUGUGGUCUGUGGGCAGGUUGAUGGAAAUAGGCAGUUUAAAUGGUUCAGCAUGGACUAGUUGGGCAGAAGGGCCUGUUUCUGUUCUGUACUUUUCUGUGACCAUAACCACAUUGAGGUAUUGCAAAAAGCAAUAACAGUGUAUAAACAUGAAAUUCGGCAGAUGCUGGAAAUCUUGAGCAACACACACAAAACUCAGCAGGUCAGACAGCAUCUAUGGAGGGGAAUAAACAGUCAAUGCUUCAGAGUCCUGCAGAAGGUUCUCAGCCUGAAACGUCGACUGUUCAUUCCGCCCCAUAGAUGCUGCCUGACCUGCUGAGUCCUUCCAGCAUUUUGUGUGUGUUUCUUCACUAAGUGUUUAAGCAGCUUGAGUUUUCUAUUUCUGAUUUCCACCCUCUAACAUUUGAAAUUUCAACCGUUCAACUAUCAUCUUCCCAGGUGGAAACCUGCUGCAUUCUGUUUUGGAAACUUGUUCUAUUUUUAAUUCUGGUCUUUGAAACCCACUUUCACAAUCUUGCCAUCAUCCCUGCACCCGGCUGGGCAGACAGUGUCACAUACAACUGUUAACAUUUCGGGCUGAGAACCUUCAGGAGUAGAGAAGAAAGCUUUGAAGGUGACGCAGGAAGGGUGCGGGACAGUGAAAUUAGUUUGGGAUUGUCACAACUUUGGGGAAGGAGUGGGGUGAUGGUGUUUGUUUGGUACUGACUAAAGUCUGUGGGAAGAGCGCGAUCAGUGGGAUGUACCAAGAUACAGUGAAAAGGUUUUUGCAUACCGUUCAUAAAAAUAGAGUUAUAUUUCAUUGUCAUGCAAACCCGCCAAACGAAACAAUGUUCCUCCGGACCAAGGUGCAAAACACAGUGCAUAAAACCCACACACACAACAUACAAAGUAAUAUUACCACAAAAAGUAACAAAUGUUAAAAUAUAUUCCAGAAGGUUGGCAUGUAGCAUAAGGUGCUUAAAAAGUGAACUAUAAAGCAGUACUGGUGCUUCAUAAGUGAUGGGACCUGGGUGGUGGCAGGGUCUCACAGCCUGGGGGGAUGGAGCUGUUUUCCAUCCUAACAGUCCUUGUCCUCAUGUGUGGUGCCUCCUUCCUGUGUAAAUCGUUUUGCUGUUCAUUGAGGUAGAACAAUAACAAUGCAGAAUAAAGUUACCAACCAUUGCCCCAAUGUUCCAUGAGCUUCCCACAGAUCCUACCCCUUGUCUACAGAUGGUGAGCAUGGCGUGGUAUUUCCUCUAAAGCCCAUCCCACCCUACUGGGGCAUAGGCAGCUCGACAGAGACCUCUAUCAUGGGCCGUCAUUCAAGUUGUCCCCAGGUGAUCCCUCCUCUCACACACAGCUUCCCUUGGGGUUUUUGACGGUCUGGGUUUUUAAGGGGUGUGGCUGUUGGACCCCCAUAGCUAACCCUCCUCCUUGCGCAGCUGGGCUUGGGACCAUCGGUAGUUUAUUAGUCAUGGGUGUACCGAGGUACAGUGAAAACCUUGCCUUGCAUAUUGUUUUGGCUAAAUGGGGCUCGUCAGCAGUUGUUGGCAGCUCAUCUAGGAGAAGGAAAACUGUGAUCUCAAACCUCCACCACCUUGUGGGUAUACUCACUCAUGGGGAAAUCCUGAGGGAACAGUCCUACAUUGAGUUCAGUGCAAUCGGUCUCUGCCCUUCCUUAGGAUUCUUCACCUGUGUGGACAGCAGCUUGCUCUCCACAUUUUACUGCGUAUCGACUGAUCAUAGACAGCUAGGACGCAAUAUCCAAAGGAGAGUCAUUCUGAGUUCAUACAGAUCAAAUCCUUACACAGUGCACGGAGCUACAACAAGUAAAAUAUAAAGUGUAAAAGCUAUGGAGAGAGUGCAGUGCAGGUAAGUAAUAAAGUGCAAGAUCAUAAGGUCGUGUGAGGCCAACCAUCUAUCUUAUCAUACAAGAGGGCCGAUCAAGAGUCGGGUAACUACAGGGUAGAACCUGUCCGUGACCCUGGUGGUCCAAGCUUUCGGGCUUUUGUAUCUUCUGCCUGAUUGGGGGGGAGGGGAAA